GCGCCUCCGGAGCUCAGAGCAGCACUUUACCGAUUCUGUGCGUGAGAGCAAAGUGAGGAAGACGGCAGCAUCUCUUCUUCUUACCAGAGGAAACACAACGAAUCAUUAUCACAGCUAUAGUGCUACGGAGCAGUUACAUCUAAUCUGCGCGCUACCCAAUUCCCGGUACAUCUUCUAGGCCACCCAAGGGGACUAAACCGAAUAAAGGGAGGACAACGUUAGGGAAGCCUUAUUACCGAUCGAUACGCACGAGGAGCCCAUAUAUAUACGGAUCUCACAGCAACACGAGGACUGACGAGGCCACCCCACCUGGAUAACAAACCGCUUAACGUAGAACGGAGAGCUUUCGGUAACGCUAGUAAAGAGAGCGAGAAGACAGGAUGAUUCUCAAGCAUCACUUGGUCCUGACACUGUGCGCAGUCUACGGGACCCUGCUAAAAGUGACGGCACAGAAGAGCAAAUUGAGAGGGUCGUCCGGGCAACACCCCCUGGUCCAGAAUCAGACUGUGACAGAAGGCAGGACGGCCAUCAUGACCUGUAGAGUAGAAUACAAUGACCAGACGUCCCUCCAGUGGUCCAACCCCACACAGCAGACUCUCUUCUUCGGGAACAAGAAAGCUCUGAGAGAUAACCGCAUAGAGCUGGUGAGGGCGUCGUGGUCAGAGCUGACCAUUAGUAUCAGUGAGAUCACACUGGCUGACGAGGGGAUGUACACCUGUUCUCUAUUCACCAUGCCUGUCAAGACCGCCAAGGCCUACCUUACUGUACUGGGAGUGCCAGAGAAGCCAGAGAUAGACGGUUUGACCAAGCCUGCCCUGGAGGGAGAUGAGAUCACUCUGACCUGUAUGACCCACGGCUCCAAACCUGCUGCCAACCUCCGCUGGUUCAGGAACGAGAAGGAGAUCAAAGGUGCCAAGGAGGUGAAUGCCAGUGGAAAGACCUUCACAGUGACCAGUUCUCUACAGCUGCUAGUUGACAGGGACGAUGAUGGGGCAGCGUACACCUGUAAAGUAGACCAUGUCGCACUGUUACAGACACCACAACAGACUACUGAAGUACUGGAGGUGCACUAUGCUCCUCGUGUGUUGAUCACCCAGUCGUUGACGUUCCCUCAGGAGGGUCAGUACCUGAAGCUGGAGUGUGUCUCCAAGGGAAACCCAUCGCCAGACCCUGUGUUGUGGACUAAGGAUGGAGGAGAGCUACCAGACCUGGAGAGAAUGAUCGUACAGGGAAGAGAACUCACCUUUUCCGCCCUUAACAAGACAGACAAUGGCACCUACCGCUGUGUGGCCUCCAACCACCUAGGCACCAGCAGUGCAGAAUACAUACUCUACGUCUACGAUCCCAACGCCAUGGGGCAGCGCGGACCAGACCAUGCUCUGAUUGGUGGAGUGGUGGCGGUGGUGGUCUUCAUUACCUUGUGUCUAAUCAUCUUUUUGGGCCGCUACCUAGCCAGGCAUAAAGGAACGUACCUGACCAACGAGGCCAAAGGAGCGGACGAUGCACCGGAUGCUGAUACAGCUAUCAUCAACGCAGAGGGCAACACACAUGCUGAGGGGAAGAAGGAGUACUUUAUCUAGACUGUAGAGGGCGCUCUGAUCCGCUGCCCCAAAACGUGCUGAGGAGAAGGAGUACUUUGUUUAGACUGGUCUGCUGCCCCCUCUUUCUCUCCCUUUCUCUUUAUCUAACUCUCCCUCUAUCUCCUUAUCUCUCUAGCUAUCUCUUUCUCUUCACCUCUCUCUGUCUCUCUCUCUUUCUCUUCAUCUCUCUCUCUCUCUCUCUCUCUCUUCCUCUAUCUCUCUCUUCACCUAUAUCUCUUUCUCUUCACCUCUCUCUCUCUUUCUCUUCACCUAUAUCUCUUUCUCUUCAUCUCUCUCUCUCCACCUCUCUUCAUCUCUCUCUCUCUCUCUCUCUUCUUCUAUCUCUCUCUUCACCUAUAUCUCUUUCUCUUCAUCUCUCUCUCUCUCUCUCUCUCUCUCCACCUCUCUCUCUCUAUAUUUCUUUCUCCACUGCCUCUGCUGUCUCACUGAGGGAACCCUGGAUAGUAUGUAGAGAGGAAACACUCCCUUUUUUCCCAUCACCCCCCUCUCCUGCUGGCCUUUUUCUUCUAUUUUGUUAUCAUUCCAUCCUUCACGUCUUUUUGUCCAACCGCCCUGGUUUACUUUGCUGGCUUUCAUUUUUAAAGGCCGCGCCCUAUUGGCCGUCUGGGGAUGGUGCCUUUUUAUUUCUGAUGGUGUUUUAUCUGCUAAAUAAAAGCCUGAGAAUCUGCAUAUCCACCAGACCACGCCCACCUCUUUAUUAAAACCACCUAACUGGAUCCCUCAAAAACCACCUGGUCCACAACACACACACACACACACACACUCCCGGUCCACAACACACACACACACUCCCGGUCCACAACACACACACACACACA